AAUCAAUCAAUCGAGAGAGAGAGAGAGAGAGAGAGAGAGAGAGAGAGAGCAAAACCCGACAAAUUCAGGAGCCGCAGAAGAAGAAGAAGAAGAAGAAGAAUAAGAAGAAAGAGGAGUUAUGGAUUGGGACCCUCAAAAUUCGGAAAAAAGCGAUUCUGUUUUUGUUUGGGAUGAAAAUUCACAGCUAUACUUUCAUGCAAGUAGUGGAUUUUACCAUGACCCCAGUGCUGGUUGGUACUAUAGUAGCAGAGAUGGUCAUUAUUAUAAAUUUGAGGAUGGGAAUUAUGUGCUUUUAGAUUCCAAUAAGGAUGAUGGUGAAGAAACAUAUCCGUGUGAGGAAGCUGCUCCAGAAAGCACAGAACAAGUAUAUGGUAACAACAAUGAGGAAUACCCUUCCUUCCUCGAAAGUGAAUUCAAAGCUUACCAGCAGACAGAAACCUUGUCUAAUGAUCCAGACUAUGAUCUCUUGAAUUCUGUGAGCACUCCGACUAUUGAAAACCCUCCUCCGCCACCAUCAGAAUGGUUAGAGGACACGCUUAUUGAUCUUUACUUGUCUGGCUACAAGACAGGGAAUAGCACAGCUGAUACAAUGACAGUGCCUUUGGAAACAGAUGAUGGAUCUGCUGAUGUGGGUGACAAGUGGAUCCCAGGGCCAGUAGAUGCAAAUGGCAUAGUUGAUAAAACUACUGUUGAUGAAGGUAUAGCUUACAGCGAUACUUAUGAACUGGAAGAGGGUGAGUGGAUCCCAGAUGCCGAGGACUUAAAUCAGUUAAAUGGCACAGCUGAUGCAAGUACCACAGAUGAAGGUAUCCUAUCAGACGAAGAGAAAUGGCGAGCUCAAUAUGGUCAAGUCAUUGAAUCAGAAACAGAUCUGGCUUCGGAGUUUCCAGUUGUGGACAUGUGGGAUUGGGAAAUGGUUAAAGGAUCCAAAAAGGAUGGAAAAGAUAAGGCGGCUAGGUUGGUUGGAAGAAUUGUAAAGCAUUCUGCAAAGAGGCAUCCAUCUAUCCCUUCUGGGGGAGGGAAAUUUCGAUCUGCCCCUAUCAAUGAAGUACAUCUCGAUCUGGUACGAGUCAAAACAGGACAAGUGUACAGAUUGCGAAAUCCUAGUGCCAGAUAUGUGGCUUCUCUAUCAACUUAUGACUCUACUAAUCCAACAGAAGAUUGGGAUUUUCCUAAAUUAUCAUCUAAGAGAAAGAUCUGCCGUCCUUCAAAGUCUGGGGAAGGAAUUGCUUCGGCUUCAGGUGAAAUUCUCAUAGAGAAGGAUUUGUCGAUGUUGCCAAGUUCUGUCCCUGCAUCCGAGCAAAUGAAAUGUAAAUACAGAGAUAGGGCUGCUGAAAGAAGAAACUUGCAUGGCGGUUUUGGUGUGGGCUAUGGACAGAAGAAUUCCAAGGGCAGUUAUAUUGAUACGCCAUCGUCACCCGGUGCUAGCUGUACACAAGAAGCUGCAUCAGAGGCCUUGGAGAUGUCAUUUGGAUCUGGAAGUUAUGCCAGAAAACUACUAAAAAACAUGGGUUGGAAGGAGGGGGAAGGGCUGGGCAGUUCGACCAAGGGACUUCUGGAACCUAUUCAACCAGUUGGAAACAUUGGAAGUGCAGGCUUAGGAUGGCCUCGGCGAAACCGAUAAAGAUAUUGCUCACUUGCACCAUCAUUCUACUUAUCAUUCCAUAGCUAAUUUUUGUAGUUUUUUAUUUUGUUUAAGUUAGAUCUGCGCUCCCUCCCUCCCGUGUAACUAGCAACUAUUGUAUAUCGCAAAG